UGUACAGCUAGCUUUGCACAGAACGGGACAUGCUGCCAUGUUGCGCCCCGACUGGCGCGAGCGUCCCGUCUGGCGCGUCCCGUUACGCCCCGCCCCACAGUUACCGGCUCCAGUGACCGGCCGUGUCUGGCGAGGUCGGCCACGAUGGGCAGCUUGCAUCUCUGUGGUCCAAUUUGGGUGCAUUCCUUGCACCGUUGCGCCGCGUCAGGGCACCGAUCUGGUCUCCCGGCGCGUGCAGCGCCUGCGAAAGGUGCAGCCGGGAAUCGACUACGAGCAGGACCCUUGGCGAGAGAUCCCCUGGUGUGAUCUACCACCCCUUUCAAUGGGGACAGAAGAGCGGCUGGUGCAGCUGCGAAAAGACAUGGAGGAAGCCUAUGGUGAAGAGCAUAUUGAGCCGUGGCACGUGCGACGAAAAGAGAUUGAGGAGGUCUUCCGCCCCAAUCGUUGUGCGAAUACCUAUGGGGAGCUUGAUCACAAUGGUUUCGCAAGGCUCCUGCAGGAGGCCUCGCUUCAGCCACACCACCGCUUUUGUGACGUGGGCAGCGGCCUGGGGAAGUUGGUGCUUUGUGCGGCGGUGGUGACCUGCGCCGAGUGCUAUGGAGUGGAGAUCAGCCCCCACAGGCAUCAGUGUGCCCUCGAGGGCUUCCAGAGACUGAAAGCCAGCGGCGCCAUCUCUGCCGAGGAGGCCUCACGCGUCCAUUUGCUUGGUGGUAACUGUGCGGCGGAAGACGGAGUGCCACAAGACCUUCUGCGGGCCUCUCAUUUGAUCCUCACCAUGCGAAGGAGCACUCAAGCAGUGAACCGCCUGUACAAAGCCUUGCAUGCCUCUGGGCCCCUGCUCAGUGGCGAGGACCGGAUCCUUUGGUCUGUCACGCACCAUCUAAAGAUGCGUGAAGGGAUGACCUUCCAGCGUCGCCUUCUGAUUGAGGGCUUUGAGCUACCACAGUCGCUGGGGCCGGACAACCGGAUCUGCCAGGGCAAGGUAACGCAAGAGAUGGUACUUCAUGAGUACCGCUUGGCCUUCUGAGCGAA